UGGUACUAGAAAGCCCAACUCCGAGAAGAGAAAAAGAUGAGAAAGAACACUAAACCAACCCUAAUUUGCAGAAGCCAUUAAACCCUACUCCGCUGCUUCCGCUUUCCUUCACCAAUCUCUGCAACAAUGGUGAACGUUCCGAAGACCAAGAAAACCUACUGCAAGAGCAAGGAGUGCAGGAAGCACACUCUCCACAAGGUCACCCAAUACAAGAAGGGUAAGGACAGCAUCGCCGCUCAGGGAAAACGCCGUUAUGACCGUAAACAGUCCGGUUACGGUGGACAGACCAAGCCCGUUUUCCACAAAAAGGCAAAAACCACCAAGAAAAUCGUGCUGAGGCUCCAGUGCCAGGGAUGCAAACAUGUCUCCCAACAUCCAAUCAAGAGGUGCAAGCACUUCGAAAUCGGCGGCGACAAAAAGGGAAAGGGAACCUCUCUGUUUUAGUUGGAAUUUGCUAUUUCACACACUCAUUUUUAUUUUUAUUUUUUGUUGUUUGCCGUCUUUGGCAUUUUAAUUUUGGAGUAAUACCUUGUGUUUGAGGAUAUUAUUUAGUUUUGUUUGAGAACUGUUAUAGUAUCAAUGACUAGUUUUUUGCAUUCCUUGAAUCUGAACUGUGUCUAUUUCGUAUA